UUCCCGUUCCAUCCUCAGUACAGCUCAUUCGACCGAUUCUCCGCAGUGCUGAAACAGUGAGUGAAGAGGGCGCGAGAGAGAGAGGAAGGGGGCGAUAGGGGGGGAAACACAUACGAGAAAGAGAGAGAGAGAGAGAGAGAGAGAGAGAGAGAGAGACCGCAAAAUCUGCCAAGCCUUCCUGGUGCGAGGAUCUUGCCUUCUCUCGACACCAGUCUGUCGUUAAGAAACGAUGAGCUCGUGCAGCAGCCGGGCCCUCACACUCCUGUCCUCGGUGUUUGGGGCCUGCGGCCUGCUGCUGGUGGGGGUGGCCGUCUCCACCGACUACUGGCUGCUGAUGGAGGAGGGCAUCGUGCUGCAGCAGAACCAGACCACCGAGGUGAAGAUGGCCCUCCACUCCGGCCUCUGGAGGGUCUGCUUCGUGGCCGGGGCGGAGAAAGGGAGGUGUGUGGCCUCGGAAUAUUUCACCGAGCCAGAAAUAGAGAUCACGACUGAGAACACCGCAAACAUACUGAAAAUGGUUCGGACGGCCACGCCCUUCCCCAUGGUGUCCCUGCUCUUCGUCUUCACCGCCUUCGUCAUCAGCAACAUCGGACACAUCCGCCCGCAGCGCACCAUCCUGGCCUUCGUCUCCGGAAUCUUCUUCAUCCUGUCAGGCCUGAGCUUGGUGGUGGGGCUGGUGCUCUACAUCUCCAGCAUCAAUGACGAGGUGAUGAACAGGCCGCGUGAGCCCGAGCUCUUCUUCCACUACCACUACGGCUGGUCCUUCGCCUUUGCCGCCAGCUCCUUCCUGCUCAAAGAGGGGGCAGGGGUUAUGUCAGUGUACCUUUUCAUGAAGCGCUACGCCGAGGAGGAGAUGUACCGGCCCCACCCGGCCCUCUACCGCCCCCGCCUGUCCGAGUGCAGCGACUACAGCGGGCAGUUCCUGCACCCCGAUUCCUGGCCCCCACCGCAGAGGGGCCGCAGCGCCUCGGAGGUCUCCAGCGACAUCUCCAUCCAGCUGAACCAGACACCCCCGCAGCCGUCCAAAAACAACCCCCAACAGAACCCUCCUGCCGGGGUGAUGGCGGCCUCCUCGGGCUCCUCGUCCGGGGCCAGCUACAAACUGCCCCCUCCCUCCUCCUACCCCCACUCCCACACCCUCCACUCCACCCACACCCUGUCCCACAUCCCGCCCUCCCACUCGAGCAACCCGCCCCAGUCCCUGCCCUUGGCCAUGCCCCCCUCGGCCGUGCCCCCGCCCCACUACCACACGCACCUCCGCAUGAGUGCCUCCCCCUGUUAGAUAGUGGGAGUGCGGGAUCAGACAACACACACGCAGUGUUACUGAAGAGAGCCCCACACACGUACACACACACAGGGAGGGAGCGAGGUUGACUGAGGAAACGAAAGCAGGGCUAGAAGUGGAUGAAGAUGUGUGAUAUAUGCGCACAAAUCAAGAGCGUACAUUUUAACUAGCUUUGAAGAAGCAACAGAGAGAGGGGGUGAAUCAUUAUUUAGUCAAUUUCCCCAAAACAGGAGAGAGAAAGAAAGAGCAGAGUUAAAAAGAGGAAUACACAGGGAUGAAACAGAGAGGGGGAAAGGGGUGAGGUAUACAACACAAAAACGUAUAUAUGAAAGAAAAAUAAUAAUUGUAUAUGCAUAUAGAUUUCUACAUAUACUGUAUGUAAACUUGCUGUAGUUAAUAACUUUAAUACUGUCAUGCAAUUUAAUUUAAUUCAUCCCUGAAUUCUUAAAACUGUCUUUCUUCUUAUGCCUUUCCAUUUAUUUUCAUAUGAAAUAAUAUUUAUGAAAUAUGACUUGAUUAAAAUUAUGGUAAUGAGUUAUUAUUAGUAGUAGUUGUAAUUAAAAGAGUUUUACAUUACUAGAAAAAACAUUAAAGUUGGCUCAAAAUGCACAUAUAAAUUUAAAUGUAACUUUAUUGCAAGUUGGUUCAGUCAUUUGCAAGCAAGCUAAAUAAUAAUAAUAAUAAUAAUAAUAAUAAUAAUAAUAAUAAUAAUAAUAAUAAUAAUAAUAGAUCACACCAUGAUAAUAAAAGAUAUGAAAGAAAGACAUUUUGAGAUUUUAACAAUUUUACAAUAUCUCAGAUAGAACGUAUUAUUUCCCAUGUUAAACUCUACAGUCUACUAAUAACAACCAUGCUGUACAUACUAGAUAACCUGUAUUGUACAUAGAUAUCAAUGCGCCAUUGGCACAGGCAGAGACUCAUAAACAUCUCUGCAAAUUCUGAGCUCUAAAACAUUUGGGUGAGAGUCUAAUUAAUAUGAAUGCUUUGCCAGGAACGUGCGUGCUUUGUGAAUUGCACAGGGUGGACAAAUGGACCAAGAACAGCACAGGCCAAGCAUGUUCAGCAAAGUACAUCAGACUCCUUACAGCACAGUAGAAGCAAAUUGCACAGUGCAUUGCACCCCCUACAGAGGACAAAGUACACUAAAUUAUAACGUUGUAAUGAGGUGCCGACACUUUGCUGUGCAGGUGAAGAAUAGCGUGCGCGGGCCAAGUCCUACACACAAGAUUUUUCUGGUCUCGUUGCAUAGUAUUUUACCGCACAGUUCUUCAAGUAUUGGAACUACCAGAAGUAUCUACCAGAGUUACACAGUGCAGUGCAGACAGUCACAUAGCUUAGACUAUAUGGCACAGCAAACUGACACUACUGUGCUGUAAGGAUACCUAUAAUUACUGUGGCAUGUCACGAGUCCAUUGGCAAAAACGUAGAGGGAAUCACAUGCACACCGCAGCUGCAGCCUACUGGGCAGAGUGUUUUUGACCCUGGAGUGUUCUGGAAUGACCUGUCACCCUCUUGCUCCGUUGAAGACUGAAUAACUACACAAAUUGGUCCAAGAUACAUUGCCAGACUGGGAUGCGAACAUUUAAUUCAGACAGGCAGUUACUUACAUUUUAAAGAUAAAAAACUAAACCAGCAUUUGACACCUAUUCCAAGAAAUUCAAUGAGAAAUAGUAUUUUCUAUCCAUCUGGCUCAUAAGUUUCUCUGCCACCUCCCCCCCCGCUUAUGUAGACUAGUGCAAGCUGGGGCUUGGAGUUUCACCAACCAUGGCCAUGGACAAAACAGAGCUGCCAAUGCCGUCAGGCAGCGCAUACAAACAAACAAACAAACAAACAAACAAACACAGCCCUUAUUACAAGGCAGAGUGAAAGAGUCCAUGUUAAAAACAAUCGUUUAAAAAAAAAGGGAAAAAAAAUGCUGCGAAUCUCUUCGCCUGUCUGUUUAUCUUGGAGAAGACAAUGAAUCAAUAUUACGACCAAAAGAUUGUGGUUGAAAUGGAAUAUUAUUGUUAUUAUAACUGCAAUGAUUUUUAUAGCCCUAUUCUGCAAUCGCCGAUUAUUUUAUUAUAUUGCAAAAUCAAUUUGUUUAUAUACGUAAGCAUAUAAACUGUAUAGAUAUUUUUCUUUAUUAACCCAAUGCUGAAAUGUAUAGUAUAGCCCAGAGCAAUACAGUAGUGUUAGUUAGAGAGUGUCAUCAAUGGCCGGGACUGGUUCCUGCUGGAAAGGACAUGCAGUAUAAUAUUUAUAGUUGUGUCAUUAUCAAAAAAGGUAGAUUAGUGUAGUAGUAUAGUUUCUUUAUCAAAACAGUGUAAAGCAGAAUGAUUCGACUGAAAGAAAGGGAGAGGAAGAGAAAUUGAGAGCGUGAAUGUUUUUGCAAUUAGUUCAACUAUAAUUUUAAGCAGCAAUUAAGGAGUUGCCCCAUUUUAUUUAGCAGACCUUUAUGAAGCUGUUGUUUAAAAUAUUUAACAUGAUUGUAAAGUUUUGAUGUUUGGUAUCUUUUCCUACUGGACUGGCAAAGGUGACUAGUUCAUAUGUAUGAAGUUAUAUCCAAUUCUUACAUAUUGUCCUCAUCUAUAUUUGAUUUUAUUUUCUUUGAUGGUAUCUUAAGCUUCCUUUUUCUUUCUGAUCUUCCCUGUUUCAUGCAUUGUCAACUAAAUGCAUCAAGUGUUUGUCUUUAAGUUUCCAUUAUGUCAUUCCAUUUCCAUGUCUUCUCUUUUCAGUGCUCUCCUUUCUUGCCUGUGUUUCUUAUUUUCUCCUGUUUUUUAUCUCUCUCUCUUGCUCUUUCUCUCUCUCUCUCUCUCUCUCUCACUUCAUUCACUCUCAAACAUUAUGUCCAAACAUUACAGUAAUAUUCCUUAUUUUUUAAAACAUUUUAUCAUACAUUUGUUUUUGCUCAACAGUCCACUGAUAAAACAGAGAGAUUGUUCAUACCUGAGAAUAUGUAUUAUGAUUAUGAUUAAUAUGAUAAUAAUUAUUGUUAUGGGAUUCCUUCUUGGGGGUGCUGACUAUAAUGGCACUGCCCUCAGCAUUGAAUAAAAUCCAGGGGAAAUAAA